AUGUACAAAAUUGAACGGGUGUUCGUCGACACCAGAAAAAGAAAGCGGAGGACCAGUUUGGAAGGCACAGUCCGUUCUGCUCUGGAGUCGUACUUUGUGAAGUGCCCCAAACCCAACACUCUGGAGAUCACACACAUAUCUGAUGAUCUAGGUCUGGAGAGAGAUGUAGUACGUGUGUGGUUCUGCAACCGUAGACAAAAGGGAAAACGUCUAGCAUUGCCCUUUGAUGACGAAUGCUCUGAAGCACAGUAUUACGAGCAGAGUCCACCACCUCCGCCCCACAUGGGUGGCACAGGCCUCCCAGGGCAAGGCUAUCCUGGACCAGCCCAUCCCGGAGGAGUCCCUGCCCUAUACAUGCCAUCCCUCCACCGACCGGAGGUCUUUAAAAACGCCCUACACCCUGGACUGGUGGGUCACCUCACCAGCUAAAUUUUAUAGAAAUGCUCCAAGUCAAGCUA